GUUCCUUUAUAAUGGAAAUGUUUGGUUUCUUACAGAUCAACUAAGUAGCUUUGGUGCAAAGAAUUUGCCAUCUCCAGUUAUUUGCCCUUCCGUGCUGUUGUCUGGCCCCUGCGCCCCUCCCCAUGCCCCCACAGAGCGUAGUGCACCCAACGCAAUGUGUGUUUGUCAAACCAUGGAAGUGGGGAAGUGCGGCAAGAGCGCUGUAUGUGACAGGGGCCGGGGGGUCCUGCUGGAGCCAUUCAUUCAUCAGGUGGGAGGUCACAGCAGCAUGAUGCGCUAUGACGACCAUACAGUAUGCAAGCCCCUCAUCAACCGGGAACAGCGAUUCUAUGAGUCUCUGCCACCAGAAAUGAUGGAGUUUACCCCAGAAUAUAAAGGUGUGGUAUCUGUCUGCUUUGAAGGGGACAGUGACGGUUACAUCAAUCUUGUGGCAUACCCUUACGUAGAAAAUGAGGCCAUAGACCAAGAAGAACUUCCUGAAAGGGAACACAUGCGGCGCAGGCACUCCCGCCGUAGUCUACAUCGCACUAACAGCACGCCAACAAACUCAGAACACAAAGACGAUAGAUCACUAAUGACUGAGGAAAACACUGAGAGCGUACCAGAGAUGAAGAGCCCAAAACUGGAGCUGCAGAUGCAUUCAGAGGUCCCAUUCCAGAUGUUGGAUAGUAACAGCGGUUUGAGUUCUGAGCGUAUCAGCUUCAACCCCUGGAGCCUGCGCUGUCAUAAGCAACAGCUCAACCGCAUGCGCUCCGAGUCCAAGGAACGAAAACUGUACAAGUUCUUGCUUUUGGAGAAUGUCGUCCACCACUUCAAGUUUCCAUGUGUGCUGGACCUUAAGAUGGGCACUAGGCAGCAUGGCGACGAUGCAUCUGAGGAGAAGGCAGCAAGGCAAAUGAAGAAAUGUGAGCAGAGCACGUCGGCCACACUCGGUGUGCGUGUGUGCGGCAUGCAGGUUUUUCAAGUGGCCACUGGACACUACCUGUGUCUGAAUAAGUACCACGGGCGAGGACUGAGCACAGAGGGUUUUCGGAAGUCUUUGUAUCAGUAUCUUCACAAUGGGUUACAGUUGCGCCAGGACCUUUUUGAGCCCAUUCUCGUCAAGCUGAGGCGUUUGACAUCUGUGUUGGAGAGCCAGGCAUCCUACCGCUUCUACUCCAGCUCCCUUCUCAUAAUUUAUGAUGGGCGUGACCGUCCAAGAGCGAGUCCUGUGGACCCACAAGCCGUGGAGCCACCUCCCAAAGUGGAUGUGCGCAUGAUUGACUUUGCCCACAGUACUUACAAAGGCUUUCGAGAUGACCCCACAGUACAUGAUGGGCCUGAUAAAGGAUAUGUACUGGGCCUGCGCAACUUGAUCAGGAUCUUGGAGCUUAUUCGAGAUGAGAACCAAUAAAUUGUGGCACAACACACUUUCCAGAGCUCUUUGUUUUUGUCUCUGUUCCAACUUCUUCCCCUCUUAACCUAAUUUGUGGUCAGUGGUCUAGAAGAAGGCAUGCUUGGACUUGAUGAAGACAUGGAAACCAGGUUCUACUUGGAACAAGUACUAUUUUACUCAUGUUGGCACUAUAUAAACCAAAUAAUUUUCUCCUUUAUCCUUUGGCUUUUCUUGUUCUUUCACUAUAUUCUCCUGUGUAUGGUUGUCAACGUAUAAAAAUCUAUUGAGGUGGAUUUCCCUUCUUCUAGAUCCAUGUCUGCAGAAGAGAGACACAAUGUAAUUUCUGAUCGCAACCAGAAAUGAUCUAUGUGAGACUUUUGCAGCAGCCUUCUCUCACAGUUAGAUGAAAGGAUUAAAAACAAAGAAACAAGCAAAAAAAACUUCGUUUUGGAAUUAAGCAUGUUGGAGCCAAGCUCACUGCGAAUAAUUUCGCCUUAAAGACUCCAGAAACGCUGCUCUUGACAUGAAGAAACUUGGUCAUUACUCCUAGCCAUUUUGUUUUUACCUCCACUGUUACGGCAGGGCGAUACAAACUACUUUUAAGUACCUCUUCCUUUUAUCCUGAACCCGCUGUGGCCACAGGGAGAAAAUACUUUAAUUGCAAUCAGAGAGGAAUUAUAAAUGUAUAUUUUUUUUAUAGAGAGACUGAACUUGUGGCCUCAAAUACACUUCCACUGAAAUGUAUAUAUUUAUAUUCCUAUAUACAUACAUAUAUAUAUAUAUAUAUAUAUAAAUACGCACAUAUAUAUAUAUCAGAUUAAAUCUAUAUAUAGACUUAUAUUAUUCAUGCUUCCAUGUUUGUGAUGGACUUUGUCUCUCCAUGAUAAUGGAGAGUGUCUAAAUGUUACUUUUUCAUAUGUUUAAAGAAACUGUUGGCUGACUUGUUUUCUAUGCACGGUGGGGUCAAGGCUGUGGUCCACCAGUCAAACUUGAAUUCCAAGUAGUGAUAAUGUUUAGCUGUGUAAGUCCAUUGCUCUGGUAACAGAGAAUAUUAAGCUUGCAGAAAGGAAGGCAGCCAUGUUGAAUCUCGAUGUCACUUCUGAUGCUGUUUUUUUUGUUUGUUUUAUUUUUAGUCUGUCAAAUGUUCUUGUAUUUGUUGUUUCAGCACAAAGAUAUGUUUCUCCUCUUUAUUGCACUUAUUGCACUAAAUGCAGAAUGCAUAUAUGGAUUUGAUACGUAAUUAAAUUUAAGUCAAAUUCUAGGGCAGGAUCUGUUGACGCCCUAUGUAGGAGGUUAAACAGGGCCACGUGCCAUUAGCAAAGUGAAAUGACAUCACUGCUUCAGUUUACGUAAAGUUUGUACUUUAUUAUCAGUUUGACUUGAAAUUUUUUGGUUUUCCUGCAAGGGGACCUUAAUGUUAUUUACUGCAGCAGGAAAAGGUAGAGAUGGACAGAAUGAUCUACAAGUGGGAACUAUGUAGGAAUAAGUCAAGGUUAUAGUAUCUUCAGAGAAAAUAAAAUAAUUUCAAAGAAUGCUAGUCUCCCUACAGCCCUCAUACACAAAUUUGUUUAUCAAACCAAAGGGAUCUAUCACUAAGCAGCUAAUCUCUGUGAUACAGAACAAAAAUUCUCCGUCCACUCUCACUUUAAGGGGAUUAUAUAUGCUCCCUUUUGUGCAUUGGCCAGUAUGGCAAAUUGUACGGUUUUACUGAUACCAUCCUCAGGAUUGGUCAAUUAAUCUAUAUCAAUUUGGCUGCUUUCAUGAUGCACCAGUACUAGUGGCUAGAAAUGGGUUAAUCUGCUCUUAGGUGUGUUUACUAGUGUAAGAUGCAGAACUUGCAGGUAUCUCAUUGCAAUAAUCUUGUUUAUGGUAGUGACUUGCAGAAUCCACAAAUAGCCAUCAUGGUUGUACUCUUUAAAAGUUCCUGUAGCAAAACGUAUACUGCUGGGUAUAUAAAUAUAAUAUUGAUUAUCUGAAAAAGGGAGUUUUGAUCUUGUAUUUUCCUUAACGCUGAAAUCUGAUUAUCCAAUUUGGUAAUAUUCUACUUAUUAAAAAUGUUUUAGGCGUAGCCAUACAUAGAAAUCUUUCAAUGACAAAUGUACUAAAAGGUGAAAAUAUCAAAGGUCAAACUGUGUAUGGUAAAACCAUAAGGUUUUGUGUCUCCUAAGGAAGAAAUGGGCUGAAUUUUUGUAACCUAUAUUACUUUACAACUGUCUGACCGCAGAAAGCACUGAGCGGAUUCCGCACUUUACAUGUUUCUUAGUACACCAAAGUUGUGUAUUUAAAGCACUGGUUUUCAAGCCUGUCAUCAGGCCUCUCUAACAGGACAGAUUUCAAGGAUAUCUAAACUGGAGCACAGGUGAAAUAAUCAGAUUAUUAGUAAACAUGGUUAUUUUACCUGCUCUCACCCAAGGUAUUCCUGAAAAUCUGGCCUAUUCAGGAGGCCUGAGUACAAUUUUGAGAACCCAGUGGUUUAAAACAAUUACUGAACAUCUAAUUAGUAUUAUACCACUGUGGUAAAAUAGGUAUACCGUGAAGUUCUUAGGGAUCAGCAGUAGGAAUGCAAUGUGUCUGUUUUCCUGUAAAAGCAAACUGUAUACUUUGUAUGUCUGUAUUCUGUUUUCACAAGGGAUAAAAGGGUAUGCUGGUAUUAUCUGAUUCUGUGUAGAUCCCCAAAGUUAUACUCUGCACUAUUAGUUUUUUCCCUUUAGCAGUGCUUUUUUUUUCUUCUUCUACUCUAACAUAAUUAUUUUGCCUUCAAUGCCUUUUAAUCCUGUUUUUGCAAGACAUUUAAUACUAGAGAGGGGUAUGAAGUGGUGCGCAAACAAUGCCUUGUGGCAGCUGUGGUAGCACAGCGUUUACAUCACCCAAAGUCCAAAGUAUUAAAACCUCUACAAUAAUUGUAUUUUUUGCUGCUCGCGCUCUCUCUUUCUCUCUCUCCUUCCUCUGUAAAAAUGCCUCCCUUGUCUGCUAUUAUGUAUCCUCCCACUGAAUAGCCAGUUUUAUGAUAAACGGUUUACUUCUAAACCAGAUGUUCAACUACAUAUGUUAUGUUUUUGCAAUAAGAUUAGCCUGGAAAAAGCAUAGAUCUGUGACGUGCUAUAGGCUUCUAUUGGCAAUUAGACUAUUCUACUGUCCCUUAUCCUGAACUAAGUUACUGGAUGUAUUCUAGGACUUAAACUGUUACUGUUUUCCCCUUUUUAUAUUAAACAGUACUCAUGAA